AUGGCACUUCCCAGCAAAUUUCUCUUUUGGUUUUGCUGUUUUGCCUGGCUAUGUUUUCAUGUUAGUCUUGGUUCUCAGACUUCUAGGGGAGAAGCUCAGAUUGCAGCUAAUGCUGAGUUGGAAUCUGAGGCAGAACCUUGGUCCGUGCUGCAACCUAUAGAUGGGACACCCAGCCCUGGCCACCUUUUCAAGUUUCUGUCUGAUGGGCGAGAUGGAGCCCCUAGGCUGCAGCCGGACUCCAGAGCUUUGCACUACAUGAAGAAGCUCUAUAAGAUGUAUGCUACGAAGGAGGGGAUUCCCAAAUCCACUAGAAGUCACCUUUACAACACCAUUCGGCUCUUCACUCCCAGUUCCCUGCACAAACAGGCUCUUGGACAUCAGGUGACAGGAAUCUUUCCAUCAGUGGACCUGCUGUUUAAUCUKGAUCGUGUUACUGCCGUCGAACACUUACUCAAAUCCGUCUUGCUCUACACUUUCAAUAAUUCAGUUUCUCCUUCCUCUAUUGUUAAAUGUCGGUGCAACCUGGUGAUAAAAGAACYAAAGUCUUCUAACAAGACUCUCCCUAGAGCUCCUUACUCAUUGAUCUUUAAUUCACAGUUCAAAUUUAGAAAGAAUCACAAGCAGAUUGAGAUUGAUGUAACCCCACUCCUCCAGCCUAUAGUGGUUUCCAUUGAGAGAAAUAUUCACAUGUCUGUCAAUUUUACAUGCACAAAAGACCAGCUGCAGCACCCUUCAGCUCAGGAUGGAUCCUUUACCAUGCCUCUUCUGCCCCCCUCACUGAUCUUAUAUCUGAAUGACACAAGUGCUCAGGCUUAUCACAGGUGGUAUUCCCUUCACCAUAAAAGGAAGUCUUCACAGGGUCCUGACCAGAAGAGUAAUGUGGCUGCCUAUCCCAUGGGAGAAGAGACUGUCAAGGGCGGGAGAUCCACCUGCCACCGGAGAGGUCGGGAAACCAUCACCUCUCAAUUGAAGAAGCCACUGGUUCCAGCUUCCUUCAACCUGAGUGAAUACUUCAAACAGUUUUAUUUCCCCCAAAAUGAGUGUGAGCUCCAUGACUUUAGAAUUAGCUUUAAUCAGCUCAAGUGGGACAACUGGAUUGUGGCCCCUCACAGAUACAACCUUCGGUACUGUAAAGGAGAAUGUCCAAGGGCAGUUGGGCAUCGGUAUGGCUCUCCGGUUCACACCACGGUGCAGAACAUCAUCUAUGAGAAGCUCGACUCCUCAGUGCCAAGACCAUCAUGUGUACCUGCCAAAUACAGCCCCUUGAGUGUUUUGACCAUUGAGCCUGAUGGCUCAAUCGCUUACAAAGAGUAUGAAGAUAUGAUAGCUACCAAGUGCACCUGUCGUUAACUUAAGGUCCUCUAAAUGAAAACCUUGAGCCUAUUUAGCAAAGUAAGUGUUGUGUGCCUCUCUGCUCUCAGGAGAAGGCUUAUGUGUCAUAUAACACAUUGUAGAAAUAGGAGCAUAUGCAUGUUAGCACAUUCUGGGGCGUCUGUCUGAAGGGAUAAGGUCAGUUGUUCCUACUUAGCCUUAAUUUCAACACUUAAAUGUAAUUACUUUGGAGAGAUUUAAUUGUUUUUUCCCCUGAGCAUUUUUUUUCUUUUCACAAGUGUUUUGGUUUUGAUGGAAAAAUUCUAACUUAGCAUAAAUCUAAUGGAAUUGCAGCCACAGAUAUUCAGAGAGCUUUAGUAUUAUGAUAAUGGAAGAAUAAA